UUUUAGUUUUGUGAAAUGGGUUGUUGCUUGUAUUGUAUUAUUGUUAUUAGUUUAAUGUGUUAGCUUAUGAUUUUGAACCUAGUAUGUGACGUUUAUAUAAGGCUUAAAUUUUUUGUGAUGCGUAAUCAUAGUUGCAAUUAGAACUUUAUACUGCCAUUGGGCAAUUCGUAAAUAAAUCAUUUCUCUGUGUGUGUGUGUGUGUGUAUUUUGCAAGUUACAACAAAUUUUCAUGAAACAAAAAAGAAUGAAAAAGAGGAAGAGAGAAAGAUAUUCCACAUUUAAUUGUGUUCAUUGUCUAUAAUGUUUUAAACGGUUUUAUUAGAGUCAAUAAAUGAAAUAUAUCUUAAUCCACAAAUGGGCAUUUUCUAUUGGAUGAGUCUGAAAAAGUAGCUUUUGCUAAUAAUAUAUGUAGCAUGUGUUGGGCUAAUUAAAAUUGUUAGUGGGUAUUAGGAUUAGAUGGUUAAUAGGAGGGAUGAUGCAAGGUAGAUGCAUUUUGUUUUCCAUGGAAUUUUACAUCAUGGCAUUUGCUGAUACGGUUUUCAAGCAUAUAGGUCAAACAUAAGGAUGUAUGUCAAUGAAGUGCAGGCUUGCACCGAAGCUUAUAUUUGGUUCUGUGAUUUUAGUAGUAGUCUAGUGGUUACGUAGAAGCCCCUAAAUCAUAGUGGCUGUUUUUAAUCAUCAUUUCAGAUGUCUUCAUUUAAAUAUCGCAGCCUUAUCCUAUUGGAAAAUACAAGGCUACUCAUUUUGGUCCUUGUCAUACUCUUGGUCCGAUUGCCUAUCGUAAUUACAUAUUAUUAGGUGAAAUAUAUGUUAGCUUAAAUUGUAUAUCAGACCUUGUUCUCUUUGAAGUUAGUUCUUGUGCCCAUGGUCCUUCAACCAAAUUACUUUCCUCUUUCCAGUAUGGGGUGGAGGGUCAUCAGGUCACGGGUUCAAUCUCGUUCAGUUACAUGAGUUGUGAUUAAACCCUUUUUGUAGACUUUCUGUUUCCACUCUCUUAAAGUAUAACUAACUACUUGCAGUGCAAAAAAUGCUUCACAAGCGGCCUUUUGUUGAUGAGGAUUCUUAUGAGGUUUCUAAUAAGCAACCAAGACAACUGGAACAUGCUAGUCAGCUUGCUCCUACAACUGACAUUGUCCCUAUCUGUGAUCCUGAGAAGCCUCAAAAUUCAGAUGGUGAAGGUGAAGACAGUUUUACUAAAUUUCAAGACAAAGGAAGGCUUGUAAAUGACCCAGUCAUUGAAGUCUCAAAUGAGACAAAGUUAUUAGAGGCUGGUGUUAGUGGCGGUGCUUCCCAAUUUUUGUGGAUUAAUGGAAGUAUUAUUGGACCUGAUGUUAGGUCAGAGGCGGCUAUUAAUUUUUCAUUUUUUCCAGAAUUUUUUCAUUCUGGACAACAACUAAAAGCUUUAUAUCAGUCGGAUGAGAACUAUUUAUCCCCUUCCGAUUGUCCUCCUCAGAAGCUAGUUUCUGUUGGACCAGAGCAUCAAGUUUUUGUUCCAGAAUGGGGCCUCCAGGAUCUGAAGAACUCUUCAGAUCAUCUGGAUAAGUCAGAUCCUCAGCUUCCCCUCUUACAUGCAUCAGAUGGAGGCCUCCUGAUUGAUGGUGUUAAUGAGAUGCUGAUGGGUACAUGUGUCAUUCCAAUGCCUGACCUUGAAGCAUCUGCAAACUCUUGCAAUGAGAGUGGGGGAACCAGAAGUGACUGUAGGUGCCCUGAUGUGGGUUCUAUCAGAUGUGUGAGACAACAUGCGAUGGAAGCAAGAGAAAAAUUAAGGGAAAAUCUUGGGCAGGACAUAUUUGAGGAGUUGGGGUUCUGUGAGAUGGGAGAGGAGGUUGCUAAGAGAUGGACUGAAGAGGAAGAACAAGCCUUCCAUGAGGUUGUCCUUUCUAACCCUGCAUCAUUGGGUAAGAAUUUUUGGGACCAUCUCUUAGCAGUUUUCCCUUCUCGAAUGAAGGAGGACCUUGUGAGCUAUUAUUUUAAUGUCUUUAUGCUUCGAAAACGUGCCGAGCAGAAUAGAUUCGAUCCGCUAAACAUUGACAGUGACAAUGAUGAUUGGCAAACAAGUGAACUUGUACUGGCAGAGGAAGAUGAAGACUCUGUAGUGGAGUCUCCUUUUGAUCAGGAAGCCACUGCAUAUUUUCAGGAAGAUCGUGAAAGGGAUUGCCUUGAAGACAUUGAGGUUGAGGAAGAGACAGAUACUUGUGAAGAUGGUGCUGAAAUCCUUAUUCGUAGGAUGGGAACUGAUGAAGAGGAUGGGGGAGAUGUAGAUGAUAUUUCAGGCACACAAGUUAGUAAUUCCCUUAGUGACUGUCAUGGUGAUGUUGAUUUAGAGCUUUGUGGUAAAAUUCCAAACAGUAAUAGUACGGAUUAUGAUAUCCAAGAUGACUCGUGCACAUCAUAUGAGUUUCAGCGGGACCCUAUCGAUAGCUGCGGUCGACUUGAUGAGGAGACUGAUAGAAGAGAGUCCUGUGAAGAAUGAACACUUGAAGAUACAUGUUAUUAUUGGUUGAGAGGUUGAUCGAGUUCCAAGAUCCAUUAUGAGGCAUUUCAGGAUAUAUUUAUGAGCCUUGUGAUGGUGAAUGAUUGUUGGGUGAAAGUUGAUUUUUACCAAUUUGGAGUUUGAAUGAAAUUGUUUCCUUUGAGGAAUCUUGCAAUGAUGGCAAUGGCCAACUGUCUGCUAGAGCUGAUUGUUUCCUCCAGUACUCUUAGUCCUAGUCUUUGGGGCUUCAAUUAGGGCCUCCCGAUGAGCAUAUGGGUGGUAGAUGAUCUACCUUUAAAAGAGGAUGAUUAAUUAUGUUUUCCUCGUGAGAUCUUAUACUUGUUGGAAGAUGUGGAAGGAUGUAGUAUUUUCUCAAAAGAUGGUUGAUCUCCAUCAGUGUGUCAAAAGAAGGCUCGUGGAAUUUUGCCUUUCAGUUUGUAGGUUUCUAAGCCCUCGUCUGCGAAACACAAAUUCCAUUUAUCCUACCAGUAUCUGAAUCAGCUUGGAAAGGAUGGCAUGUUUAGUUUAAUGAUUCCAUAUAAGCAGGGCCAAGGGCUUCAAUGAAACUCUCUCGGUUCCAGUCAACCGAACUGAAGUUUGUAAUCGAAACUUGUUAAUAUCUCAGUGAUAAUUAUUUAUAUAUUAAAAAAAAUAAAAAUUAUGCGUGUUGUCAUAUA